AGGCCUGAGCCUGUCUUAUCUGCGCGGUGGCUUGUGGGUGUGUGUAAAGUAAAAUGGCGGACUUGGCAAACGAAGACAAGCCUGCCAUAGCGCCCCCUGUGUUUGUUUUCCAAAAAGACAAAACUCAGAAGCGAUCUGCAGAGGGCUCAAGUGCAGAGGAAAGAGAAGAUUCGGAUAAAGAAGAGACAAGCUAUUUCCCUCCAGUCAAAAGGGAGAGGACUUCAUCAUUCCCACCUUUACAUUCUGUUCCCAAGAACAAUGUAUUCAUGCCCCCGAGUUUCUGCCAGUCUCCCACUGGGAACUCUGACUCUGAGCCAGAGGAGAAGCCUGUCGGGUUCCGCCUAAAGCCGCCGACUCUCAUACACGGACAGGCGCCCAGUUCAGGCAUCCCAAGUCAGAAGCCGAAAGAGCAGCAACGCAGCGUUCUCCGCCCUGCAGUUCUUCAAGCGCCACCCUCAAAAUCACACAUAGAGUCCAACUCUACUUGUGGAACCAACGGCGUGAAGAAGUCGUCGGAUAGCCCUGUAGCCACACAGUCCCUCUUCCUGAACAACACAGAGCACUCAGCCACCCCGACCAAGUUACUGAAACAUGAAAACGAGGAAGACGGCAUGAGCCGUAACAAAGAUGAAGGAGAAAGCGAGAAGAAGGAGUCAGAUGUAGCAAAUUCUUUUGUGUUUGGUCAGAAUAUCAAAGACAGAGCAAAGUUGGACCAGAACAGUACAGAAGAGAAGACAAACGCUUCACUGGACUCAGAGGGCACUAAUUAUUUCCUACAGUACAUCUCUACCCCAAGUUCAAAAAAGGCCACAAACAGUACAGACAGUGGGGCGAAAUUUGUUUUUGGGCAGAACAUGUCUGAACGUGUUUUGAGUCCUCCCAAGGGCGAGACCUCCAGCGAAGACAGUAAAGAGGUUCCAGCUGCCCCUGCUUCAGAAACCCCUUCACAAGAGAACACCCCUGAGAAGGUGAAUAGCGUGUCAGAGUCUUUGGAGGAGUCUGCAGCAGCCUACACCAAAGCCACAGCCAAGAAGUGCAUCUUAGAGAGAGUGGAAGUGAAAACUGGAGAAGAAUCAGAAAGCAACGUUUUACAAAUGCAAUGCAAGUUAUACGUCUUUGAGAAGACGGCUCAGUCGUGGAUAGAGAGGGGUCGGGGUCUACUGAGGCUCAAUGACAUGGCAUCCACGGAAGACGGCACGCUACAGUCACGUCUAGUGAUGAGGACCCAGGGCAGCCUCCGGUUGAUCCUCAACACUAAGCUAUGGCCCCAGAUGCAGGUGGACAAGGCCAGCGACAAGAGCGUACGCAUCACUGCCAUGGACACAGAGGACCAGGGGGUCAAGGUCUUCCUAAUAGUGGGUAGCUCAAAGGACAUUGGUCAGCUGGCGGCGGCAUUGCAUCACCGGAUCUUGGCCCUCAAGAGCCGGGCAGAUCAGGAGCCCGAAACCCCCACUACAACCAUCCCCGAGGCCGAGGUGCCGCAGUCCAACGAGGACGACAGCGACGAGGACAACGCCUCUGCUUCGGCCACUGCCUCCACUCCUGCCACUAUCUCAGAAGGAGGAGACAACCAGGCCGCAGGAAGCACAUAGCGCCACCCUGUGUGACAGCCUGCACAGAUGCUGCUUUGAAGGCAUUUUUUUCCUGCAGGCAUCUUCACGGACACCCCUUGACCAACGUGGUCCUCCAGACCAGUACUUUUGGAUAUUAGAAGUCUAGCUCCAGGAAAUAACAUCCCCGCCCUCCGAACCCCCCACUCCCCAAAGUGCCGGAGUGUCGUCAUCCCCUCCCAACCUGUGCAGUUCAUUCUUCCUGCCAUCCGUGUUGUUGAUGGAGUCAUUUCCUCUACUCCUCCUCCUCUUCCUUUUGUCUGUUGGUUUUUCUCCGCUUCGUUUUCCCACUCUCCCAAAUAGCAAAAAUAAAGACUUCAAAGCUUUGGUUUGGGACUUUUCUGCUCAUCAUAUUGAUGAGCGUAAGGGUGUUUUCCUCUACAUUUUAAAGUAAGGCACAUGUUAAGACUGCAGUUUCUACUUUGGGACCUUUCUACUCACUGUACAGUCGCUCCUCUGGACACCACACAUCCAGAAAGGGGCUUCAUCACACCGGUGUAUUUGACCAGUCAUCGACUUCAGCUGUUCAGCAUCGAGUCCCACCCAACUCCUCACUCCCCGUGCCCUAAACACCUCAACCUUGUCGGUGCGUUAGGUUUUGGCAACUGUAAUUUAUUAUUUUGGCCAUCAAGAGGCAUCUCGACACAUUUGUGCUAUUUGUAACGACUAGAAGAGACCACUCAACUUGUCAUCAAUAGCAGUUUCUCUGAUUUCCUAUUGAUCUAUAUUCUAGUGAAUAAAGGACUGAAACAAUGGACAUUCUGUUAAUGUGAGUCAAUGUGAUGCCUUUUAAGAAUUCUCAAGACUUUCCUCCAGAUGACCCAUACAGUUAAUUUUCUUUUUUGUACUUUUAAUUUGACAUAUUCAGCUCUCAGUCUUCAUCUUGCAUGUAAACAUUUUUAUUUCAUUGAACAUCCCAGGGCUUUCUAGUGUUUUUUUUGUUCUGUUUGAAAAUAUUUUUUUAUUUGCAUUGGAAAAUGUGUUGCAUUGACAUUUUGUGUGUGGAAACAUUGGAGUGAUAACUGUUAAUACGUUUUUGACCCACAUGUACGUUUUUGAAUAUAUCAUUUAGUGGUGCACCGUCACCCAGCCCUCCACCUCCAGCUACCCCCUGCUCGCCACCCCCCCCCCCCCCCCCCCCUUACGAAAUAAACUUCUGCCAUAAAUGUUGCUUUCACAAUGUGAGUUAAUGCAAUGUAACGUGUGUGACACCAGUAUCGCCUCUGAUUUAAUUACACAAGGAGUAAUAUUUGUAUGCUUUCCAUGUUUUCAGCUUGCUGAGCAAUUUUUCACCUUGUGGCAACUACUGGCCCCUUUUACAGGGACAAGGGUAAGUGGGGUUGCGCAUUUUGUACUUCACCACUUGCUUUGACCCUGGCAACUAAUUCACCUACUGUUGACUGUGUUCAGCCUCUUGCUUGAGGACACUUCCACACGGCCACCAGGCCUCUGUGUCUCAAACCCGCAAUCUUUCAGGAUGAAACUUCACCAUCUGAAUGAAGGUACCCCUCCCUGCUGACACAGGUAUGCACUCAACACUAACACAGACAGAAAUGACGCUGUAUUGUCAGACUAAGACACCCUUUGUUGAUUUGAUUUGGAACAGUCUACGCGCAUGAACAAUGUGAUUGUGACGGGGCUCCACAUAAGAAGUAGGUCUUUUCCCAGCAUAGCUGUUAACUGGGAAGAACGAGAUUAUGUUUUUACAAAGCAACAGUUAUAAAAUCACUCAAGUCAAAGUUCACCAAAAAAACAAGGAGGCAUUGCAGAGGCAAGCUGAAAGGUACAAAUGUCUGUCUGCGAUGACCAUGUGACAGAUCGCAACUUAAGGAAGUAGGGUAAAAUUCAAGGCACUUGGAGCGCAAACUGCAAACUCUAAGUUAAAUGGUGGAGCGGAGCAAGCCUAAGUACUUGAUGUCAUGAAGGAUCUGGACAAGUAUUGCAAAUGACAUCUUCAGUUAAAGACAGCUCACAAAGACUUGAUGGAAGGCAACAAAACUAUACAAAAUUCAACAAUAUUAAAUAUUAAAUUUUUUGAUUAUCCCAAAUCAACUUGCCAAAUUUAUAUACAGAAAUUACUUAAAUUGUUGGAUUCAGACAACAGUUUUACUCUAGUAUUCAUAUAUUUACCCUCAAUGUUUUUGAUUUUUUUGUUUCAUGUACGGUAAUCAUGUAAACAUUUCUGUUUAUUAUUAAGAAUGUAUUCCUAUUUUAUCACUUAUAUUUCAAUCUGAUUUUAUUCGUAUUUUAACACUCUUCCCCAUUAUUUCUUCUUUUUCCUUUAUAUUUAACAUCUUCCUUUCUUCUCACACAGGAAGAGGCCAAAUGUGAAUGGGAAAAUGCAUGCAAGUGAAAUAUUAUGUCAGCAUGUAAAAGAGAUGGUGUGAAUGAUUGAUCAGUAAUAGACAUUGAGAAGGGGAAGGAUUAAAUCAAUCCAAUGUAGGUCGAUAUAGCUGAGUGAGCAAAACAUCCACAUCACAAAUUAGUGUCAUAUCCAAUAAUAUAUCAUUAAUAAUGAAUUCAUUUUAGUUUUACAUUAUGCCAAGGGACAAUAAAAAAUAAGCUCUGAGCGACAAUGCCCCCGGGGCUGCACUUUGGACCGUGCUGUUAUACUGCACUUGCAAGUGAAUCUCUUUGGAUGACGCUGUAACACUUUGUGGCCGCUAGGUGCAAGUGUGGUGCAUGAGAUUCAGUACAAGAGAGCGCUGGCUGGCCACCAGGUGGAUGUUGUAACAUGAAGCCUUGAAGUUGCAGCAGCUCUUGAAAGUUCAGUAAACUUCAACCACAUUCAAGUGUCUUCAGGUCAUGAUGUAAUCGCGCCAAGCAUAUAUAUGGAUCGGGGUCACAACGUGUUGCGCCGGCAGCACAGUUGGAACAAAAAGCAGCAAUUACCACACGGCUCCUUCGUCUGAGUGCAGUGAGCUCUGAUGAAGUUCACACGGGAUAAUACCUGAGAUACGCUACCAAGUUUCUGUGGACACACGUCAUUGACAUGUCUCAGACAAUAAUUCCGAGGAAAAAGUACGGCAAGGCUGCCACAGAGAAGAAGGCGGGGGAGUAUCGUGUUUGUGUUCGCAAGUCAGUCGCACUCCCGAGCGGUUUUACCAGCAGGUGCUGUGUAGGAAUGGAAAUGAAAUAAAAUGAUGAAAAGUGGAACGUGAGCUCCCAUAAAGACUACGAAGAGUCAUUUUGCUUCCUUAAAAGGAGUCGAGACCUUUUCCUGACCACUGUCUCCGCUUUGGAGAAGCGCUGGGAAUGUUGACUCCCACAUUCCCGGAGAGUAAGUAAAUCCGAUGUCACCCAUGAAUAUGGAGGAAUACCAUGAUGUCACACAUUAGACUGUCUAAACAUCAAUUAGCAGGUUUAUCUUGAACCUAUUUAUCUGAACUUUUCCCCCAGUGAUUGGAAUUUAAGCAUGAUGUCUGAGAUCAAAGGUAAAGCACUCACACUACUGAUCUUCCUUCAAACCUUCAGCUUGACCAUUAGUCAAACCUACAUCACUAUUGAUCUUAAAGGUCAACUGGAGUCAAAGGCCAGAGCAGUCGUUUAUUGCUCAGCUUCAGCCGUCUGCCAGGUGCCAUUUCUGAAAAUUUACAAUGUCAGUGCUCAUUGUUAAAAAAUCAAAUCAAGAACCCUGUUGAUUUUUAGCAUAACCAAGAGGCGGAGGUAGCCAGUACAGGGACACUUCGGUUUUUGUGACUGAUGUUUUGAGCAGUCGCACUCAAUAAAAAAAUGCACGCACUGUGAGUCAGCAACGCGUAGGGUGCUUUGUUUGGGCACUUGAUUUCACCGAGCCAUACAGCACUUGUUUCGUGCAAUGUUGUAUGAACACUGAGACGGUGCAUGAUAGCCGGAUCAUAUGAAAAGUGGGGUGUAUGAAAACCAAAGUUUCAACUGGACCUUAUUAUUGUUGAGCUUCAACAGUGCAAUUUUCAAACAACAUUUUUGAAACUUCCACAUCAAGUCAAGAAACAUACUGUAUUAAAGGGAUAGUUCGGAUUUUUUGACAUGAAGUUGUAUGACAUCCCCAUCAGCAUUGUAGUCCAAUAACAGUGACUUACCCCCCACUUGGUCUCCUAAGUCCAGUUGUGGUCAGCUUUCCAUGAUGAAGAAUGUAAUUCCACUUAAUUGCUGGGGACAAUUAAGUAAAGACUUUGGCUACUCAAAAGAUUUGCAUUUGCAUCACAAAAUGCCUUCUCAAAAACUCAAACCUCACAAAACGCUCGACAUUAUAUCUGUCCCCCGCCGUGUCCCUGAGCACCGUCGCCUAUGUGUUAAUGUGAAUGUGACGAAGACACUUGCAUCUUCAAGUUUAUUGAUUUGAAAUACUAAGUGCUUGCUCUGGUCAUACUGGUAGCCAGGCUAGCGUUUCAGUUUCAGCGUUGUGCUGUGCUUUUACCUUAACUCUUCCAAAGCAAGAACCCUACUGAUUCAGAACAUAUGUGGCCUAUUGGUUUUGGAUGUACAGGAUAUGUAUCUUAGACUUAAGACAGGGGUGUCCAAAUUGCGGCCCGGAGGCCAUUAGCGAAAAGAGUCGCACUUUUAUGAGAAUAAACUCAUAACAUGAGGAAAAAAUAAUGUCAUUUUAGCAGCAUCAAGUUGAAAUAUUAAAGAAGUGGUAAUAUGAGAAACAAAACAAAAUAAAGUUGGAAUUGUAGCUUGGGGAAAGAGCUAUAACGUUAUGAGAAUGAAGUCAAAAUAUUUUGAGAAGAACAUUUACAAAGAUUAAGAAGAAAGUUUAAAUAUUUUGAAUAUUUAAAAAAACAGCAAAAAUUGGGAAACAAAUAAGUUCAUACUA